CAACUCCAUAACGUGAGAUGUUGUGGUUUUUUGAGCGUUGUACAGUAUUGUCUUUCGAUCGUUCAGGGUUUUUUAUUUCAACCGAGCAUGGUCCCCCGUGCGUCAUUUUACUUGUUUUUUGGACAAUAAUUUAUGCUAAUUAUGCGGGCUUGAUAAUGCGUUGACAGCUUUCAUAUAUGACCCUCUAUGAUGUAUUGAUCAGAAGAAAUAAUACCCUGGCGGGUGUUUAAUAUCUCGCUUUAGUAUUCGGGUCUGUAGCACGGUUUACUUUGAUCAGACAACAUCAUCACGUCUGAACCAUCACACAACAUUGUUGGCAACUUAUUCAGUACACAGGAAUCGAAAACAGCGUUUUAUUGCUAACAGGAUUCUUGGUAUUUCUGGUUUUCACGCAACAGAAUUGUCUACGCUUUCCUACGGUUGUCUAGUCAGAGCGCAGUGGUUUAUCGCUAUAAUAAUACAAGAGUUCAGUACCAGUACACGACGCAGAUACGAGAUUUCAUGUAUCUUUGCUGUCACUAUUCAAUACUGUGUUUUACGAGAACUGUUAGUUAAACAAGACUUGGCUCAUAAAGAAACAGAAUGUGGGGUAUUAAAUUCUUGUGAUUUGGUUGUACGCUCGCACCUGACAGGCAAAGGCUGUGAAGUGCUUAGCUAUGAUGAUUGGUAUUGCAAGUAUGUUAGGACAGAGAUGAAAUUGUCAACUGGCUUCGUGAACUGUUCGUCAAUUUAUGGAUCAUUUCAUCAGUUUUGCGUCUCGCUACAGUUAUUAACAGGAGAUUUUAAAGCUUUUUAAAAAACCGCACAUUGAAAGCUCAAGUUUUGAGAUUUGAGUGUCCAAUAACCUGUGGUUUUAAUAAUGGCAACGACACUAAAACCGCGUUCACGCGUGAUUUCAAUUCGUGACACGUAUUCCCCACGCGUGAGUCGCAGGAAUGGUCUGUCCUCGCACAGCGCAUGCUCGCUCGGUAGCGGCCAGAAAUUAUAUAGCCGGCGGACGUCAAAUAGUGCUCCCGAGGAAGACAGAAAUGAAAUGGCGUUCACCUGUAAAGUACAAUAUCUUGAUGAUACAGAUCCUUUUGCAAGCACAAAUUUUCCCGAGCCAACCAGACCUCCUUCAUGGACUUUAUUACUGAAUAUUCCACUCUGUGAACAAAUUACUUUCUUAUACAAGCUUCUGAAACCUCCGCACAAUGUAAGUGAAGGCAUUCGCCGCUGCUAUUGUUUAUGUUUCAAUUUUGGACAUUUGUGCGCUUCUUGGCGACCCAAUAACGGAUUUUUCUUGUCCAUUCUAGUUGGAAGAUAUUGCUUUACAGAUCUUACAAAAUGGCACAUAUUUGGAUCUGGAAAGUACUUUGGAAGAACAAGCAGACGUUUUAGACGGCUUUCCAGAUAGGUACCCUGAUUUCACUCAUCUUUACAGGGCAUUAUUUUGACACUAGGUCUGGGGCUGUCAUAUCGAAUUCUGUUCGCUACUAUUCUCAUUACAUUAGCUAAGAAUUCUAAUUUCUUUUUAUUUUAGUCGAAAAUCUACAAUACUUCUUAGAACGCAGCUAUCUGUUCGGGUUCACAACUGUAUAGGUAUGUCGAUUGCUCAUUUGAUUUUUACACCCCACCAGACAGGGUAUAUUGAGAGAUUACUGAUGUAAUCCCAUACCUUGUUUGCGAACUUUUUCUGUGUAUUCUAAACAACAUUCUAAUUUAAUGUCAACCCGCGUUCGAAUUCGGCAUGAUUUGAAACGUUUGCGUGCUGGAUCCUAAAUAUGUUGUCGUCAGCAGAUGAACACUUGUUAAUUCACUCUUGCUGAAAGACGCGUGAAUUUAUGAAAACACAGGGAAAGUUUAGGAAAGAUAUUAAUUUUGAUAUAUAUGUGAUUUAUAUUUGUGUGUGAAACUUAGUAUAGAAUAAAGAAUAAUGUGUUCUAGAACAUAUUCUCAAUGGUCUAUUGGGAAGCAAUAUGCCAUUAGAACUUCUGUUUUUCGAAUAUAAAUUGUCGGGAAAUUUAUGAACGAUAUUUCCCCAGGCAAUGGAUAUUCAAUGUCUAACUUGAUCUUGAGCAAUAUAGAUCUAAAGUCAUUUGCUAAUAUUAUUGUUUAGUUUUCUACAGUCUCGGGCAAACUAGACAGUAUUGUUUGCAUUCCAUUGCCAUGGGACAUAUGUAAACCUUUUUGUUCGAACGCACGCAUAUUCGAUUAGAAUUAUGAAAUUGUUCUGAUUGCCUUUUAAAAAACGAAAUUUUCGCGAAAUUUUAUUACAUUUCAGGUAGAUUUUUGGGUUAAUAUUCACACGGAGCCGUUGGCAUUUCUGACCUUCGGCCUUUCUAAAUAGCGGACAUUUUGUCGAAGAGUCAUCGUGCAAAGAACGACCACUUCAUCGAUAUUUAUCAAAGCUCGAAAGUUAAUUAGUCUCAAUUAGAAUACUUUGAUUUAUAAAUAGUUUAAAGUUCGGAAAUAUCAGUCAAUAACCUGUCUGUUUUGCUGUUUUCAGAUACUCGGAUUUAUAAACAUUAAUAUCUACAGUUGUUAGUUGGAUUUUGUUUAGAUUGUAGAGGUUAACUAGAGGGAAAUUAACAGUCUAUAUAUUCUUGCCAGCUGUCUAUCAUCUAUUUACAUGUAAAUUGCGUUUACUGGGAAUUAAGGAGUUGAUGAUUUGUUGUUUAGUGUUUGCCGCUUAUAUACAUGUCGUUUUGCCAAACUCUUAUCACUCGAUUAAAUUAAUAACUUUAAUUUGUUUACACAUAAAAUCUCGAAGCCCUUCGCAGUAUUUGGUUAAAUCAUUAAAUUCCAUCAGUCAAAUGUCUGUCCCAAAGUUUCCCACAAUAGUCUGACAUGCUUGAGAUUCCUUGACGUAAAAAGUACCGCAUAGAUUUUGUUCAGAUUAAAUCGUAUUGAAAUUAUAAUUGUCCAUGGUUGGGGGUAUACUUUUCAGCCAGCCAUAAUGUAUACAAAAGCUUGAAUAGGGGAAGUAAGUUAAAUUGAAUGUUAAGUUUCCUGGCAGGAAAUGUAUAAGUUGAAAAUUACGUCAAUUCAAAUAUCUACUUGGGUAUUAGCGGGGGUUUUUCUCGAAAAUUGUGUAGGCAUAAGAAUAUUAUGGUUGAACAUAUAUAUUAGAAUUAGGCAUAAAAAAAUGUCAUGGUUGAACAUAUAUGGUUAUCAGUAUAGUGAGAUUAAGUCAAGUUUUUCAAUGGGAGGAGUGGUGUCAUUACAUGCCCACUUUCUAUUCAAUGGUUAUGUUGCUGUGGCAAUGUUAACCUUAUGUGGGCAUAAACAGCAUGUACAACCUAUAUGCAUUAGAAUCUAGCUUACUAUUCAAUAACCCUUUGACCUAAAUUGAGUUGGGCACUCCCUGCUUAAUGAGGAAAAUUGUCUGGCAUUAGACAGAAUGAAAUAAUAAAAAGGGCUCAUUGUCACUUAAAGGGUUAAUUUUUUCUUAGUCUUUUGCAGAUGAUUUUACUCUCCAUUAAGGUACCCCUAGAAAUUGAGAGACCCUAGAAAUGGAUAUAUUUAUUUAUUUAUUUAGCUUCGCCUUGACAAAAAAUGUACACAAUACAAGUACAACAAUUCAUAUACAUGAGACAUAACAAGAGGCGGGGACACCACAACAGAUUACACCAAUUAUUGUGGGUUUACAGACGAAAAAAAUCAACUAAUUAGUCUAGUAGCAAAAGGAUCGGCAUCGAUUACAUUACGCGAUGUGUUGCACUUCAGGCAAACAGUUAAUUUCCAUGUUCGAGCAUCAUCCAUGUCGUAUCAAAAUAAAGGGCUAAAAUAUAAAGGGCUAAUGAGCUGCAAAAAAAAAGGGUUAAUGAGCUACCUGCAUGUUUUUAGCUUCUAUGAGUCCAUGUAACAUGCAAAUUUAGACUUAUUUAUUUUACUCUGUCUAAUGUCAGAUGAUUUUAGUUACCGGUGGCCAGCCUGCCUAGAAUUGGGUACAUGAAGACCUGAAAAGCUUAAAUUUAAUUUUAGAAUGAUGAUUAUUGUACUUCUUUCUAGCAAAAUUGUUGAGCGCUUCUGGUCGAGAAUUGAGAAGAGCUUUGUUCUCACUCAAACAAGUCUUCCAAGUAUGUCAUUGUGUUUAUGUCUCCAAAUUAUACUGUAUAUUUUAAACCUUUUGAAUUCGUUUUGCUCAGACAAACAGCCAAAUAUUUUUUUGGCAAUUCUUUUUUCUUUUCUUGAACCUCAGACCUCCAUAUUACUUGCAUGAUGUUCUUCCAGCUGAGCUAAUGAUAAUUAAGUCAUUGACAAACAUCAGGGAUCUUUCCUGAUGUCGGGCGUCAUGUACAAACAAAACAAAUGGAUUACUAAUCAGCAAUUAAUAAUUAAAUAAGGAUUUAAUCAUGACAACCUAAUAAUUAAACAAGGAUUUGAAUAAUGACAUUGAGAUAAUUACAUGACACAAGUGCAAUAAAAUAAUUAUUUUUUCAUAGGAUGACAAAGACUUGGUUCAUGAAUUUGUCAAUUCUGAUGGUUUGAAUGCUUUGAUUACGGUUGGGACAGAUGCAGAUCAGAAUUACCAGAAUUACAUAUUAAGAGGUAAUAGAAAAUAGAAAAUUGUAUUUUCUAUGAAACAGGAGAGUGGUAAAUAAUGCUUCUGGUUAAUUUUACUCUGGAGAGUGAUGAUUGAGUGAUACUAUGAAAGAUAAUCAUAACAUGGCCAUUGAUUUCCAACCAUCUCACAGUGGUAAACACAUUAAGCCAAUUACUAAAAUUAAUGAAUGAACAAGAUUAUUGAAUUUUUAUCUGGUUUCAGCCAUUGGUCAAGUGAUGCUGUAUGUAGAUGGCAUGAAUGGUGUGAUUAAUCACAGUGAAACUGUACAAUGGCUUUAUUCUCUGACUGCAUCCAAGGUUUGUUUAGUAAUGACUAUUUAUCUUCCACAUGGGUAGAUUCAGGGAUGAUUAACUCAGAAGAUAUCCCCUUGAGAGAUUCAGCCCUUGAUAAUAUUUUUUUGUUGAAUCUCAUUAUAGUACCGAUUGGUAACAAAAACAGCAUUGAAACUGUUACUGGUGUUUGUUGAAUACACAGAAUCAAAUUCUCUUGUAUUGACGCGAGCUGUAAAUGAAUGGAAUAACUUGCAAAGUUAGUGGAACCUAUCUUUCUGUGAAUCAGGUUCAUUGUAGGCUUUCAGGAGAGCUGACCUUGGUCAACUUUACAAGCAAAAAAAAUAAAGUACAUCUCUCAAUUCUAUUUAUCUCUCAAUUCUAUUUAUCUCUCAACAAUAGACCUUUCCCCUUUUGAGUGAAAUUUUGAUCUAGACAAGUUUGGAAUCUUAAAUGUAUAUCUCACUUGGAUUACAAACCUUAACAUCCUAAUAUUAAUUCCACCAAGUGAAGUGCAGAAUCUAAGUCAUUCAAGUCCACCUUAAUGAAAGCUACCUACAUAAAAACUCACUGAAAUUUUUUUCUCUUACAUUCACUACUUCAGGGUCAAAACCUUGGAGUUGUCUUAUCAAAGUUUUGUCAGAUAAGGAUGGUGAUGAAGAAGUCACUUGUUUUUGUUUGACUCUAAUAAAUAAAGUAAGAAUUUCACUUUUAAUACAUCCCCUCAUCAACUGUGCAGAGAAUGCCAGAGAUCCAUGUUGUAAUGUCUUUUUUCUUUACCAGAUUUUAAAUGCUGCACCAGAUCAAGAUUUAUUUUACGACAUCUCUGACUCUCUUGAAGAGCAAGGAAUAGAACAGUUGCUGAAAGUAAUUCUAAAGAAACUUCAAUUUGGUUUCUUUCAUGCCAGCUUACUACUAUUCAUUAUGUUUCAUUUUCCAUCCUCAAUUUCACUUUUCAGCUGAAUAAAACUUGUUUCAUUUGUUUCAGAAUCUUAUCACUGCGAAGAGAAGCCAUCGAGAAAUCCAAGAACAGAUCAAAGUAUAUGAGGUAACAUUGCUAGAUCUUUAUUAUAAUUAGAAUAGAAUUAGAAUAUAUUAGAAUAUUUGUAUAACUUCCUAACUGUUUCAUUCAGACUGCUUUAAAGAUUGAAGAUGGAGAUGAACAACUGUCCUCCGUCAAAGACACCUCCAGUAUAAGGUAGUGUUUGAGUUGAUAUGGAUUUUUAUAAAAAGAAGUUUGUUUUAUACUUUGUAUAAUUUCGUGUUUUAGACACAGGAAACGACAGCCUGGGGCACAAAGUAAUGGAAAUGGUAAGAGUUUAUUAAGUACUGUUUAAAGCACGCUACAAGUGCUUUAAAUGACUUCAAAAACGACUCAUCUUAUACGAGUUCAUUGGCGAAGUAAUUUUUAAAAUAAACUUUGUCUAAACCGAGAAAAUCAAAGCUAAAGUUUAUGUAAAUUAACAUGAUUUUUUAUCACAUAUAAAACCACGACACGCUUAUGAUUUUUCUUUGUGUUUUCCUCCUGAAUUAUUAAUGAGUUUUUGAACGUGAUUUAAAACACGCAUGUUAUGAAACGAGGCACUAGGCGAGUUUCUAACGUACUUUGAGAUGUUUUCAAAUCACUAUAGCGAACAACUUUAAUUGAGUGUAUGAUAGAACUUCUCGGUAUUCUUGAGUUUCAAUCACGUGAUAUUUUAGCAUAAUUUGACUCAAGUCAAUCGAACUGGGGUGAACUAAAACAACAAAGAGACAAAAUGGCUGUCAACGCAUCUUAUGCAAAUGUUUCUCCAACUACCAUAAAAGCCAAUGUAAACAAUUCAAAAGCCGUCCUUUACCUUUGACAUAGACCCUUGACCCUUGUGUGACGUCAUAUGAAACCCGAGAAUUUAAAGAGAACAACGCGAAUGUUGACUCAAUUUAUGGACGUUUAUUAUCAUGGUGCUGCUCAUUUCUUGUCUGUCGUGUUCCUGAAUGCGUUUGAUUAUCUUUUUCAUUCUCUCCAAAGGUGACAGAAGGCGAAGUAAACGUCACAAUUCCCUGGGUUCUGGCUACAGACUAGAACGGCCAUUAGUGCCUGACCCAGGAAACAACUCUGAUUCAGAAACUCGGAACAAGCCGAGACAACGCAGAACUUAUUUUGAUCGCAAUGAAAAUCUAUCUCCAAAGUCUGCUGAGAACUCGCCCGCAACACCCGCAACGCCUGAUGAGGAUGACGAGAAAACGAAGGCACGAAUGGCACGAAGGUGCGUACUGGGAUAUAGUGGGAUAUGGAUUACGGUCUAGGGUACCCCCCUAGUGUACGCCAUUGGUAGGGCACUGAUUAAGGCUAUGUUUACAUUAUACCUGAUAGCUUUCCGUAGUUGCGCGAAAAAGCACCUAUCCGAUACGGAAUGUACAACUUUCAGAAGCUGAGCAAAACAACAUCUCGCCGUUGCAAUAAUUCCUCUGAAAAUAGCGUUCCUGAAAGGUACGGAUAGAUGCUUUUUCACGUCGCUACGAAAGCUCUCCGGUACAGUGUCAACGUAGCCUUAUACUAGAAACAAAUCCAAGCAAGGCUCCCAGAAAGUAUUCGUAAUUAUUGAACGUAUUUCUUGAUUUUUUUGUCGUAGAGAACGACGUGCAGCGCGCAAAGCUGCGACUCAAGCUGAAGAAACAUCCAGUCCUCUCAUUUCCCCUUCACCAUCACGAGACAACACUCCGCCACCAUCACCCAAACCAUUUGCCAAGAAAGAAGAACCGAAGCCUGAGAGUAACAACAAUGCACCGCGCAGAAAAUAUGGCGUUUUAGAACCAAACAGAGGUAAGAGAAGUACACACAAACUUUUGCCCGAAAACUGUCGCAUUGCUUUACAAAGUACAACUCAAGUUGUAAGCAGGUUGCAUGCGACAAUUUUGACAAAAGUUAUGUAGUGUAAAUCGACUUUUAGAGUUGCCACCAACCUACAGUAUAUGAACGGGCUUUGUGAUUGGUUGACGAUAACAAUAAAAGACAAUGAACUAUAGAAAUUUUCUUUCUAAAGAACGAGUCAUAAACACUGAUCACUAUUGUCUUGUGAAGUCAAUCACGAAACACGAUCAUUUUAGGUUGGUAUUUACCUCAGCAUUACGUAAUACACCUUUCUGGAAAGUGUUCAAUCUCGGCUGUAGAGCCUCGUUUUCGUGAUUAAGAUAUUGAGUUAAGAGCCCUUUGUGUUGUUACAAGUGACAUGUUUACCAAACCGUACAGUUAUAUCAGUGGAUAUGAAAGAUCUGUUUAUGAUUAUGUCAUCAGUAACGGGAAUUAAAGGCUUUUAAGACAAUGUCUCAUGCACAGAAACGAGGCUUCGAUAGCCAUGGCUUAGUUCAAUCCAGAAGGGUGUAUUGAUUUGUUUUGUGGAAAGAUCACAUCCGCUUUUAUCGAACUGUACAUACAAAAUCCGUAUGACCGCAAUGCAGUCGCCAUCCAAACGUACUUGAAACUUAAUGUUUCCUUUUGAUGUGGUUUAGGUGUGAAAGACUUGCAUACUGUUUUCGAAUAUCAAUCUCGAGGUUAGUCUGGACAUCUGCACCUGUACUGUCCAGCACUAGUUUUGCACUUCUGCGCACGGAAUAUAUUGAUUUACUGCACCUAGAUAUAGUUUUGUCCUGCACGGAAUAUAUUGAUUUACUGCACAUAGACAUUGUUUUGUCCUGCACCUAAAUUUUCUACCACUUGAUGAUUCGUUCCGGUACUAUACUGGAGCGAUUCAGACUACUUUUGCUCUCAGCACAACUGCGCCACGGAAUAUAUUGAUAUACUGCACUUAGACAUGGUUUUGUCCUGCACCUAAAUUUUCUGCCACUUGAUACUUCGUUCCGGCACUAUACUGGAGCGAUUCAGAUUUCUCUUCCACUAUCUCUCACUGGCUUAGUACGCUUCUUCUGAUUGGUUAAUCGAAUAUAUCAAACGCAUCUGAUUGGUUAAUGGUCCCUUAAUGAUAGUGGGAAUCGGAUCUGAACCUCUCAGCUAUAUAUUCUACAGCAACACUUCCUAAAAAUAUCUCUGAAUGUGUCAACCGGGAAGUUUUGAAAAUUUGUAAGAAAUGUUUGAGAGAACAGACUCAGCGUUUAACAUCAAGUCAGUUUGCUAAAACAUUUCUUACAAAUCUUCAAAACUUAGAAUUUGUCAAUGAAAAAUUCCUACUGUGAUCAUGGAAAUUUUGUGUGAACCAGACUUAAGGUUAACACGCAAUAUCUUCCGUUUCUAAACCUUCCUUUUGCUUUUCAAGUAGCGAAUGGCGACGUGAAGAACAAGGCUCCGGCGGAAGAAACUGAGAAACCAGGUAGAAACUUAAGACAAUGGAAAAACUGGAGGCCCAAAGGUGCGGAUACUAAUACAACUCAAGAAAAAGUUGAACUGAAAUCACCAGCAAAACCUUCUAGUGCGACCUUAUCUUUCAUCAAGAACGAGAAAAACAAGGAACCUGACCCUCCGAAAGAGAUCAACCCGACGAAAGAACCCGAGAAUAACACGAAAGGGAGCGAACAUGUUCCGGAGAAAUCCGUUGAAACUCCGAGUGCUAGGGAUAGAUACCGCGUAAAUAAAAAUAAUGAAGCUCCUAGUAGGAACUCUGAGACGCCCAGAAGCUCGGGAUAUUCGAGCAGACCGAGCGCUUUAAAUAAGUUUAAAAACUUAGAGAAAGCUGUGGAGGAUGAGAAAGUGACUCAGAGAGGAAACAGAUUUACAAGGACUACACCAGAGAAAAAGUCGAGCAAUGAACUGAAAGUCCCGGAGCCGAGUGAUCUUCACUCCAGUUCAGUCAGUUCUGUUGAAAGUUUUAAGAGUACGAACUCUGUUGAAAGUUCUAAGUCGAAAAGUCCCGAUGAUAGUCCCGAGGAGACGCCGGAGGAGACGCGAAAGAUUACGACAAAGGCACGAAGGACUUCGGAGGAAGAAGAGAAGAGGAAGGGAAAUGUGUUUGACGACGAUGAGGAUGUUCCAUUCAAACGAGAGGAAAGAAAAGAAGCAGUGAAGAAGCAAGGUAAUGUGGACGACGCAUUGGAACCUGGUGAACAUGAAGAUGAUGAUGAUGAUGACGAGGACGUUCAGGAGGAAAAGAGAGAAGAUGUAAAGCCUUUGAUGACCCGAGCUGAACGUAGUGCUUCUUUAAAACAAGUCCGAGAUGCACGUUUAGAACGCCAGGGUUCGGCAGGACAGAAGGAUUCUCCAAAGAGUCCAACUGAACCUGAACGGAGGUCUAGUAGAUCAAGUGUUGAUAAGAAAUGGUUGUUAUCUAAUCUUUAUCAAGGAAAUAGUACUAGGAGGAGUGUUGAUUAUGAGGAAAGUGGAGAGAGCAAAGAGGGGAAGGAUAGAGCGACUGUCAGUCAGGGGCAGAGUACUGAGUCACAAAGGACUGAGGAGAAAACUCAGGAGGAAGAUCGCGGGCAGAUGCAGGCUAAAGUUGAUGAUGUAGUGCCUACACCCGCCACCCCGCCCGCACCUGUGCCCGAGGUGAAACCCCAGGCGACCGAGGAGGAGGCCGCGAAGGAAGAAAGACUGGAACAAGCUCGACAGGAGCAAUUGCGGAAACAGGAGGAACGGAAGAGACAGGAAGAAGCAAGGCUUGCGGAGGAACGGAAAAGAAAGGAAGAGGAAAGAUUACGAAGAGAAGAGGAACAAGCGAGAAAACAACAAGAAAUAGAAUGGGAGAAAUCUGUGACUUCAAAACGAUCAUUAGUUAUCAACGGUUUAGAUUUUACUGAUCUUCAAGAUGAGGAUGAUAAAGAUAUUAUGGAGAUACGUCAUCAUGAUACAGGGGGUGCCCCGCCUCCUCCGCCUCCAAUACCGGGGGGUGUACCACCUCCUCCACCACCGCCUCCAGGAGGGGUCCCACCUCCUCCACCUUUCCCGGGGGGAGCUGGCCCACCUCCUCCUCCCCCCAUGCCUGGUAUCCCACCCCCACCACGCUCAGCGUCAAAGUUACCAUCUCAAGCGGACAAGAAGAAGUUGGUUCGAUUAUUUUGGAAGGAAGUGAAGAACUCGCCAUUGAUUAAUGGAAUAAAUAAAACAAUCUGGGGAUCCAUUGAUCCUGUCGACAUCGACACCAAGAAGCUGGAACACUUGUUUGAGACGAAACAUGCGAUGAAGGCAAAGGUAAGAUAUUUUUAUAAUUUUUAAUGGUUGCUGUAAUCGGAUCAAAUGUCACUUAAAUGUAACCUACAAUAUAUGUUGAGCAAUAAUCUUUAGCAUAACCGGGUUUCACUAGGCAUCAGUGGCCAAGCUAGCCAUAGCAACAGCAGGGAUCCAGCAUGAUCUGGUAGGUGGGGUGCUCUGCCAGCUCCUGGUGCCAAGUUGUGUCGGUCAUGUGUGCCGCCCACCCAUCAACUGGAUUCACUACUGCAAAGUCUUGCUUGACUACUGUAUUUGAAUUGUAAUUGUUGUUCACAGCUCGCUGAUCAUCAUGUUAUUACUCAAAUUACUGUAUCUCAUUUUGCCUCUAAUAAUUUUUUGCUUUAUCAUGAAAAAUAGCACCACUCCCCACCCUGCACCCCUCCCCACCAGUAAAUCCAUCCCUGAGCAACAGGUCAUGCUAUGCAAAAUUUUAAUGAUUUGCAUUAUUCAAAUCUUUAGAAAUAUAAACCUGCUACAUACCAUAGCAUGACCAGUUGCUAUGGCUAGUUUUUCCUCUGCUAGCACUAUAUUGUGCAGCACAUGGUGGUGAAGUCGCGUUAAACUUGCUUCUUGUUUCCGAGCAGCAAAAACCUGAAGAGAAAGAAAGGAAGAAGGAAAUCGUUAUUUUGGACAUGAAAAGAUCACAACAGAUCAACAUUGCUUUGACCAAGUUACCUCCUGUCAACUCUCUGAAGCAAGCGAUAUUGGCCAUGGAUAAUUCUGUCUUAGAUAAGGAAGCAUUAGAGGUACGAUUUGCAAAAUACCUUUCGAGGUGUCGCAGUCACAGAAUGCCUGACUUCUUGGUUUUUCCUAUGAUUUUGGCAUAACCGUAAUUCGUCAUCAAAAUGUUGACGCCAUUGUCCUAGCCAGUGCGCUUAUCAGAGGCAUUCACCCCCAUAGAGAUUAUAAAUAACACUAGAGGAGGCAUUGUAAUCUUAAUUCACUAAAAAAAAAGGGAACGCGACUAUUGGGGGGCAAAUUCAAGUCCCGGAUGUGUAUUCGUGUUCCCAUUGGUGACGAGUUUCAAAUCAGCCAAUGAGAGCACGAUUUUAUAUCCGGGACUAGAAUUUGCCCCCCAUUAGCUGCGUUCCCAAUUUUUAAACUCGAUGCCUCCUCUAGUGUUAUUUAUAAUCUCUAUGUUCACCCCCUGAUAAUAUUCAAAAUGGCGGACUCCAUGGGGGGGGGGGGGAGGAUGCCCACUGGGGAUGCUUCUCAUAAGCGCACUAGCUAGGACCAUGGCGUCAGCGUUUUGAUGACGAAUUAUGGCGUGGCAGCGGUUACGCUUUUUUGGCUGAGUCGACCUUCUGUGUGUCUUUAUUCUGUGUCGCAGUGGUCAGUGCGUAUGGGUUCAUUCCUGCAACAUGCAGGGGGUUCGACCACCUCGCGAGCGUUCGUUGUGGGUGAUGUCAAUAACCAUGGAGAGCAGUUUAGAACUAUCAAGCAUAAAUAAAGUAGUUUAGUUCAGGUUAAUAAAGUUAGUUUAAGACCUCAUCUAUUUGCUACAGAGGUUUGUAUUUAGAAUAAAACUUCUGCGCAUUCACGACGAUGUCAUUUCUUCCACAGAGGUUGUUUCCCUUGCUUCCGACAGCGGACGAGAAAACUCGUAUCGAAGAAGAAAGACUGGCGUAUCCCGACAUUCCCUUGGCGUCUGCUGAGCAGUUCUUGUUGACGAUAUCUUCUGUCAAUGAACUUUAUUCCAGACUUAAACUCUGGCAGUUCUCGCUUGAAUAUGAAACUAUUGAAAAGGUAAAGACGAUUUAAAAUUGUUAGAGAUUAAUACAUGUACAGUACAGCGACGUGAUUAAUGCGCUAUUGAUGCUUAAUAACUGAGUUUUCGAAUGCCAGAACUCCCUUUUCAAAUGCCAGAACUCCCUUUUCAAAUGCCAGAACUCCGUCGGAAAGUUAGUCGACGUUUAUACUUGUAUUUUUCAAGUAGUUGAAUCUGGUAGUUUUGGUAGUAAACAGUAUAGUCUAUUGCGGCUUCUGGUGGUACAACAAAAAACUUUUCUUUCCACAGGAUGUCGCAGAACCAUUGAUGGAUUUAAAACAAGCAGUAGAUGAAGUACAACGCAAUCCAACAUUUAAAUGCAUUUUAGGAACAUUGUUGUCUGUUGGGAACUUUCUUAAUGGAACAAAGGUAUGUCGCAUUAGCUACACGAUAGUUCUUUGUGAAGCCUUGAUGAGACUCACCAAUGCUCUCCUUGUUUAUCACUAACCUUGACAAUAGUGCCAUCCAGUCAUGACCCAGUGAUUGAAAUUUUCCAUUUCUUUAUUGUUCCGACUUAAUUAGCAUAUAUUACGGCUAUUUAACAGUUAUUCAUUGUUGGUGUUUACAUAGAGUAAAGGAUUUCAAUUGGAUUACCUGGCUAAGGUGCCUGAAGUGAAAGACACGGUUCACAAACAGUCCUUGCUCUAUCAUCUGUGUACGAUAGUGAUGGAUAAAUUUCCUGAGAGUACAGAUUUAUAUAACGAACUUAGCGCCGUCCAUAAAGCAACCAGGGUAUGGAGACGUUAUAUUCUGAACUAUUCUUCAUGUUAUUUCAUCCCUUGUAUCAUUCUUCCAAAGUGUCAUAAUCAACGCCGUCACUCCUGGAUUUUACUACAUGCUCCUCUUCCAUGUUUUCUUGCUAUGGAAGGUAAAAGAUGGAGUCGUCUCAUCAAAUAUCCAAACCUCAUUCUUGCUUCUGCUUUCUUGACUAUACUUUCCACCCCAGCUCUUCUAACCUUCUCUUUGUAAGAUGUUCUCGGAGUGAUAUUCCUUCUAUCAUAAUAACUUGAAUUGGUUUCCAAUUUUCCAGAUUGACUUUGAUUCCCAGAAGGAAAUGCUGAAAAAACUAGAUGAAGAUUGUAAAAAGUCUUGGGAUUAUUUAAGAGUGAUUGCAAAACACGAGAGCUCCUCCAGUAUAAAACCAAGGUAUAUGAUCAUGUUUCAUUUCAUUUCUUUCCACGUAGGCAGUUGAUGUAUGUGUAUGCCUGAUGUUACCCAAUACACCCAUAUGUAAUUCAAACACUUGUACAUAGAUGUCAAUAGGUGUAAACGUUACAUUGGUGUCAAUAGGCGUAAACGUUACCUAAUUAGGUCUGCAUGCACCCAUGCUGAUCAACUUGACGGUGAAAGCAAACGAAGAGUGUUCUGUUAAUGAAAUGAAGAGACUUACAAACUAAAUUUCAUUUCGUUUUAGGAUGACUGAGUUCUUGGCAGAUGCUGGGGAAAGGAUAACGAUAUUGAAAGUGGUUUGUCGUCGCGUUAUUAACAGGUAGAGUUUUCUUGAUAAAUCUUCCUUUUAGUAAGCACUACGACACUAGCUAGCUGGCUUGUGAGUAAAGACUGGUGGUCUACAUUAUCAAGGUUUCUGUGAUCAUUGUUUGCAUUGUUUGAAGGAUAUGUAAGAAAUGUUUGAGAGAACUGACUUGUGUUUAACACUGAGUCAUUUUUCUCAAACACUUCCUCAAACAUUUCUUACAAAUGUUUCAAAACUUAGAAUUUUACCCAUGCCAAAUUCCUACUGUGAUCACAGAAACUUUGAAACCAGCUUUAGAGGCGAGAGCAACUGCCCCUAGUAUUGUUCGUCGCUCAGAUACAUUAUGUAUUUUCUUUGCAGGUUUAGAAAACUCCUCUUGUAUUUAGGCCUCAAUACUGGCGCCGCUAAAUCAACGAAGGUCAGUAUUUUUAUGCUCUAGAGAUUAAACUACCUGGGCUACAUGAACCAUAUACUUACCUAGGAUUUGUAAGAAAUGUUUGACAGGACUGACUCGGUGUUCAAUAUUGGGUCAGUUUCCUCAAAUAUUUCUUACAAAUCCUUCAAACUUAGAAUUUACCUGUGCAAGAUCCCUACUGUUAUCACGGGAACUUUGAUAGUGUAAACUUUGCUUUACAGUUCUACAUCUUUUUCCCUGAAUGAUUAAAUCACGCAAGCGUCUUUAUUCCUCUGCAGAUUAGUGAAUUUUGCCGGAUCAUCAGCCAAUUUUCGCUCGAGUAUCGGACAUGUCGAGAGAAGUGGCUCUUACAGAAAAUGAAAAAGAGCAAAAUGAAAGAAAGAAAUAAAACUCGAGGCAAACUUAUCGUUGAUGUAAGUUGAACUUUUUUGAUGUACUAAGCAUGGUUUCUGAGAAUUUAAUUCCCCGUCUGACCGUCUUUAUUAUUCAUCCAUUUCUAGUCACUGUCCAAGAGUCAGAAAUCAACGAGUGAUGAAGAUAUUUCUAAGAAAUCCCAAGAGAUAGAUCGAAAGGAGAAGCUGAAGUGUUCAACAUUACCCAGUUCCAAGAAUCGGGCUCGCAGCAUGGCGAUAGGGAAAUCGGACAAUGACCUUGACGACACGACGGAUGAAAUGAUGGACAUGUUGGUCAAGACUGUCACUUCGAAACAAAAGUCUCGAGUAAGACGUCGAGAACGAUCUUCCAUGGCCAAUAGAAAAUCACGUAAGAGUUUAAUUAAUUAUUUUAUACUUUUGUCUUGUAGUAUUUCCUGCAGGGUUCGUUAAUAUUAUUUACUGCAAGCAAAAUUCAUAACUUCAGAAUAUACCUAUAUUUUGGUCUUUAGCAGUAAAUAUUGUUAAAAUGUCAAGACUUCAAAAGGUGUGAGCGUCUCACGCAUUUUUAAUGAUGCCUGGUUUUCUGUUCCAGACUAUUCUCCAGUAAAGGGUUGUCCCUUAUUAGUUCAAUGUAACUACAGGAGGAAAUUCAAGUGUCUGGAGAAAACGUUUGGUAGAAACUGGAAGUGCUUUUCUUAGAUGCGACUGAGGAAAAAUUAUCGUCAGAUAAAUGCAUAUUGCAGGAAUUGGAUUUCAGUGUCAGAGAUGAAAGCCACCCCGCACCUAAAUGUGUUGACACUGCUUGUUUCCAGUCUGUUAAUAAACUAUCUUCCUAUCUUUCAGUACGACGCACCUUGCAACAAGGUUUGACACCUGAAGAACUAGCAGCCGCUGGAAUUAAACUUCCCAUUCAUGACAAGUAGUGACGUCAUGCUCGGAAUGUGUCGUAUGAAAAUUUCUACCAUAAUUAACUUUUGCUGCUGUUUGGACCACCAUGGAGUGAUAUUAUAGGGUAUAGAAGGAUAUCGUACAACACGAAUGGGUGGAUAUAGGAGUAUUUUAAAGGAUUAUGAAUGAGAUCGUUGACCAGAUGGACUAAGGAUAUUAUAAGAACAUGGAUGAUAUUAUUUGAUAUCUUUGGUGGAUAUGAUAGGAUUAUAAUAGAUAAUAUAGGACAAGAGUUAAAGGACAAACAUUGAUAUCAAUGGAUAGUGGAGCAAAUUGGUCGGCAAGAUAGUUAAAUUAUAAAUUUUGGUCUGACUGAACAAGUGUGGGCUUUACGCGACUGAAGUGUAUAGGGACUGGACCUGUUCAUUUUUUUACGCUGUGAAAAAUGAAUCUCGUGGUCCAGUGUCUUUGAGUUCAGUGUGCGGAGAAAUUGUGUGUUAAUUAAAUGCUGUAAUUAAAUGCUUUUAUCCCAAGAAAAUGUAUUAAUUAAUAGCGACAAACUAAACUUGUGAAUUUUAUAUGAUAAUAUAUUCAAGGAUUUUUGUUCCUGUGAAAUCUGUUCGUUGCGUGAUUGAUAAUUAUACUGAAAUUAUUUUAAAACGA